GGUUCCGCUGGGGGGCGCCAGCUGCACCAAACCCCGAUCAGAACGCGAGACAUGUGGCUGAGACUUUCUGAAAGCUACGCUUCGUCCCGUACACCCGUAAUUCCCGGAUAGUGCGAGUCGCCAGCAUUUCACAGCACUAGCUUGGACUCUAAAAACAGUUUACUUGGUGCAAAGCAGCUGCUGCAGCGCUUAAAGUGGUGAUCAGGACAGCUCGGGGCAGACAUGACUGGAGCUGGAAGUGAUGCUGAGGAGGCUGAGAGGUGUCCUAUCUGCCUCGGCAUCCUGGCAGGUGGCGAGCUAGCCAUGCCCGACAGCUGCUGCCAUGUCUUCUGCCUCCGAUGUCUCCUCACAUGGGCAGAGUUGCAGAUGGCUCCUUCCUGUCCUGUGGACCGAAGACCCUUCACUAAUGUUUUCAGAUGGGACGGGAAUCUCCGCUGUGUGCAGGUUCCUGUCAGAAAACAAGCGACUCUGACUGAAACUGACAGUUGCUGCUGUAGAAACCCCAAACAAAAAGUCUGUCUCAAAAGUAAACCUGCAAGAAGACAAAGACGGCAAAAGGUGGAGAGGACGGCAGACGCCAAAACAAAAGGCCUUGUGAGGAAAUGUAACGAGGACGACCCCUCCUCCCUGAGCAGGAAAAAGGUGAGAGGAACAGAAUGCUGCACUUGGUCACCGACUCCUUGUGUCUCAUUAAUGACAUCUACUCAGGACAUUGCGGAGCCUGUGUGGGUUGCUGAGGACAUACCCUACGACUCAGGGUUCAAACACUGUAAACCCCGAACGCAAGAUUGCCCGUGGCUUUCUCCUCCCGCUGCUUCCAUCGCUGUCAACGGCUCCUCCGGGCAGAACUUCCAUCCCUCCGGUUGGAACCACAGCCAGCUUCCGUCUACCUUUACCUCCAGUUCACCGCUGGGCCCCGGUCAUUUCGUGUUUCAAGGUGUUGUCUGCGCCAUCACAUGUGCCAAGGGAGGGGAAAAGCGAGGCGGCCGAGCUUCAACCUCCAAGGCCCCCACCAAAGAGGCAAAGCCUCUACCGUCGAGGCGAUCUGGACGCAACAGUAAAAGUCAGGAGGAGGCUCCUUCGUCCGCUCCGUCAUCGCCUCCUCAGUCGAGCCCGUCAGACUCCGACUUGUCCACCGGCCAGUCCGCCAGGCCGGGCCGGGCCUCUCAAGCACCAGCCAAGAGGAAGGGCAAACGGGUGACGAACCGAAAGGCCGGUGGUAAGCGGAAAUCCCCGGCAAGGAAAAAGAAAUCUCCCCAAGUCGUUUGCAGCCCUGAGGCAAGUGAAGAAGAGGAUGAUGGAUGUGACAACAUAGAGAAGAAGGAGGAGGAGGAAGGAGAGGAAGAUGACAAAACUGAUCAGGAACAGGAUUUUAACUCCAAGCAGCAGACGUCUGAUGCUGAAGGGGGCCUCAAUGAUGACCAAGGCGGCUCCAACUCCGUCGAUGACGCUGAACCUUUGAGCAACGAUGUGGGACAGGACAGCGAUGAGGCUCAGGAACACUCUAAACGUGAACUGAAACCGGAAGAGGGAAACGACUCCGACUCUGCUCCUUACAGCCCUGGUUUGUGCUCAGUGGGCGACCAGAGCAAGAGGGAGGAGGAGGAGGAGGAGGAGCCAGGAAGCCCUGUUUCCUCUGAAGGAAAGGAUUCUGAGAAGAGGAUGUCACCAUCACCCUCUCACUCUGAGAGGGAUGCAUCACCCUCUCGCUCUGAGAGGGAUGCAUCACCCUCUCGCUCUGAGAGAGAGGCUUCCCCAUCACCCUCUCACUCUGAGAGAGAUGCAUCACUAUCACCCUCUCACUCUGACAAUGCCCUGCUGGAAACCUUGAUGUCUCCACAUUGUGAUGACCAGGCAGAGCAAGAGGAGAAGGAUGAGGAUGAUGACGACAUGAAGAUUUGUGCAAAAGAAGCCAACAACGAAGAAUCUUCAAACGCAGUGACCGCUGAAUCCCACGAGAAUUCUCCACAGACGGCGUCCCCCUCUGCUGGAGAGUGUGAAGAGAUUUCAGCUGUCUCCGAUACAAAGGCCUCCGAGGAUGCUGAUGUUAAAACGUUUGCAUCACAACUCGAGCCUUCAGUAGCUGACUGCACUGGGGAAGGAACCAAUGAUGCCAAUCCACCUAAGGAUGAUGCUAAAGUAGUCCCCAUGGACUGCGGUUCGCCCAGGAGCGAGCAGGCCAGCACUCUCAUUUCUGAACCCAAGUCGAGGGCUCUUACAGCCGCCGCGGACACCGCUGGUCAAGUGGUCAAGGACGACGGCGACAAGGAGCAUCAGGAGCAGGAAAGCAGCCAAGAGGGGAAGAACGGCAAGCAAAGGCGCUCACGCUUCCACUCCCCGACCUCUACCUGGUCACCUAAGCAGGAGUCCAAGCGAGAACCAUCCAGGCGCUCGCGGUCCAGAGAGCGAGACGGCAGCCCACCGUCCAGCCGCUCUUCCCGAGCUCGCAGCCGAGAGAAGGACCGGGACCGGGACGGUGCAAGAGACUAUUCCAGGAGGGAACGUAGUCGUGAGAGGAGGAGGAGAAGAUCCAGGAGUCGCUCUAGGUCCAAGUCCAGGUCCCGGUCCCGGUCUCGAUCAAGAUCGCGAACAAGAUCCCACAGACGAGGGCCCAGCCCAGAGCGGGCGGCCUCCAGAGAGCAGUCUCCCCAGAAGAAAGAGCGUAGAGGCGGCUGGAGGUCAGGGCAGGGCAGCGGGUCCGGAGCAGAGGGACGGAGGCACCAAGGAGGCGGUGGGCGCUUUGAAAACGGAGUGCCAACGGAAAGCUCCCCCGAACGCCAGGGCUGGUCGGAGAAUCCAGACUGGGUCACGGAAAAGAGUCGCAGCGAAGCCGACAGCAAGGGCCGGGAUCUGGGGUCCGGCGGUGGCUCGCGCUGGGAGGACCGCACAAGUGGCGGCACCAGAGGGGAGUCCCGGGGGCGCGGCGGGUCGGAACGCGGGCGGGGGGGGAGCCGAGGCUUCUACAGCCAGCAGGAGGAGACGUCCGACAACCGCUGGCAACCCAGAACCACCUUCUCAGGUACAGGGAACAAUUCCGGGAGCGACGCGUACAGCCGCUUUAAUGAAAACCGCGGUGGGUGCCGGAGAAAAGAGUCCGACUCGGGAGACAAUAUGCUGGACCGGUCAGGCUGGUCCUCUGCGUCCAGCUGGGCUGUCAGGAGGACGCUGCCCGCGGACGUUCAGGAUUAUUACUCCAAGAGGGAGAGAGGAGGAGCAGGAGGCUGGAGCCGACAGGACGAGGAGCAGCCGGCAGCAGCAGAUCCCACUAAAAGUGAGCCUCCCGCCCAGGCAGUACCGGGUAACGCUCCGGUGCCCGUGAUGAACGCAGCCCCCCCUCACCUGAACGUGGUUCAGCACCACUACCCGCUGCAGGGCCCGCGAGGAGCCCUGCCGGUCAGCCUGCAGCCCGCGGCGCCGUACGCCAUGCCUCCUCAGGUCCCCGUGCACCUCCACCCUGCCAUACCGCUGCUCCAGGUCCCUGCCGUCGGCACUCAGGGACUCCCACCGCCCCCCCCACCGCCCCCACCCAUGCAUCAAGGCGGCCAGAUGGCAGCGGCUCAGCCUGAUGGCUACGCAACACAGAUGGCGAACACAAUAGUGGGUUAUGGGAAACCCGGACUCCUUCCCACCCCGAACAAAGCUUGUUUUGGCGCUGCGACCUACGGCCAGUCGGCUCCCGGCCAGUUUCUGCCAUCCUCUACAACUCAGCCCGGCUAUCAUAAGGCUCAAGCUGACGGCUCCAAAAAAGAAAAGAAACAUCAGAUCCAAGAGAGAGCUGUCAAUGAAGUGAAGACAGCCAUCAAACCCUAUUACCAAAAGAAGGAAAUCACAAAAGAGGAGUACAAGGAGAUUGUCCGUAAAGCGGUUGAAAAGGUGUGUCACAGCAAGAGUGGUGAGGUGAACUCGAGUAAGGUGGCCAACCUGGUGAAGGCCUACGUGGACAAAUACAAGCACGCCCGCAAGAAAUGAAGCCCAGCGGGGCGACGCCCUCACGGACCCAUUCAGCUGCUCAAGUGCAAUUUCCUCUGGCUGGAAUUUAGCCUCCAAACUGACAACGGAGAGCUAACAUUUUCUUUUUUUGAUAUCUCUACCUUCUAUUGAAUGAUUUUUUUUCUAUAGAUUUUCAUAUUUUGUUAGAAAAAGAAUUACCCAAUCAGAAAUUGUAAUGCAAGAGCCCUUUAUUUUGCAUAGAUCAUCAGUUUCUUGGGGAACUACUGUAAAGAGUGCAGGGAAGUGUAUGGGGGGGGCAGUUGAUGCUAAAGAUGCAACGCUCAGUGAACUACAUCAGCUCAUGUAGUGGGGAGCCUUUUCCAGGGUGCCGGCUGGUACGAUGAAUGCAUCCUAAAUGGCAUCCUGAUUGCAUAGCUUAUUAAUUGAAUAUUGUCAAUGUUUUUUUAAAAUAUUACGUAAUAUUUCAGAUGAGGCCUAGUUUAACAAAAACAGAAGUGCAUUGCCUUUAUUAAUCUCUGUGGUUCAAUAACGGCUGGAGUCUGAUGAGUGAUAUUGUAAACAGGUUCCUAAUUGGCUGAGGAGAGGAUGGCCAAUCAGAAGUGAGUUUGUAAUGUUAAGCAAAGGGUCCCAGGGGGGGCAGAACUGAACCCCUCAUUUGGCCUGAAUGUGUAUGAAAUGUCAAUGGGUGAACACAAUCUGUUCAAAGUAUCCAGAGAGUAGUGAAAUAAAACAGCUGCUGCCUGA